AUGGCCAUGGCUUCCCAGCCGAAGCAGAUGUUCGGCGAGCCCAUCUCUCUGGUUGGCCCGACGGCGGCCGACCUCGAGAGCACGGCGGAGCUCGAGAAGCUCCUGCGCGGGGCGGGGCUGUACGAGAGCCCCGAGGAGUCGGCAGUCCGCGAGGAGGUGCUGCGCGAUCUCCAGGGCAUCGUCGACCGCUGGGUGAAGCAGCUCACCUUCCAGCACGGGUACCCCGACGCCAUGGUCGAGGAGGCCACCGCCCUGCUGGUUCCCUUCGGCUCCUACCGCCUCGGCGUCCACGGCCGCGGCUCCGACAUCGACGUCCUCGUCGUGGGGCCCUCCUUCGCGGACCGCGACCACGACUUCUUCGUCGUGCUGGCCGGCGUCCUGGCCGAGACGGAGGCGGUGCACCUGCAGCCCGUGCCCGGCGCGCACGUCCCCGUCAUGAAGAUGCGGUUCCGCGGCGUGCAGGUGGACCUCGUCUACGCCAGCGUCAACCUCGCCGUGGUGCCCCGGGACCUGGACCUCGGCGACCGGUCACUGCUCCGCGGCCUUGACCACGCCACCGCCCGCAGCCUCAACGGCGUGCGCGUCGCCGACGAGAUCCUGCGGCUGGUCCCGGACGCCGGCGCGUUCCGCACGACGCUGCGGUGCGUGAAGCACUGGGCCAAGGCGCGGGGCGUCUACUCCAACGUGUCCGGCUUCCUGGGCGGCGUGGCCUGGGCCGUCCUGGUGGCGCGCGUGUGCCAGCUCUACCCCAACGCCGCGCCCAGCAUGCUGGUGCCGCGCUUCUUCAAGGUGCUCAGCCAGUGGAGGUGGCCCGUCCCGGUGAUGCUGCGCGACAUCGAGCACGACGCCGUGCUCGGCCUCCCCGUCUGGGACGGGCGCCGGAACCCGCGCGACCGGACCCACCUCAUGCCCGUCAUCACGCCGGCGUACCCGUGCAUGAACUGCACCUACAACGUCUCGCAGGCUACCCAGCGGAUCAUCAAGGAGCAGAUCCAGGCCGGCCACACCGCCUGCCAGGAGAUCGUCGCCUGCGGCGGCCGCGGCUGGGGCGCGCUGUUCCAGCCGUUCCCGUUUUUCAGGGCGUACAAGAGCUACCUGCAGGUGGACGCCACGGUGGCGGGCGGCGAGGACGAGCUCCGCGAGUGGAAGGGGUGGGUGGAGUCGCGGCUGCGGCAGCUGGUGGCCAAGGUCGAGAGGGACACGGCCGGCGAGCUGCUCUGCCACCAGAUCCCGCACGCCUACGACGCCGAGCCUCGCGGCCUGCCGUGCACGUCGUCCUUCUUCGUGGGCUUGUCGAAGUCGACGCCACAGCAGCAGCAGCAGCAGCAGCAGCCGCAGCCGCCGCCGCCGCCGCAGGGGCGGCAGCAGCCGCAGUUUGAUCUCCGUGCGACGACGGAGGAGUUCUUGCAGGACGUGUACACGUACGGCUUCUGGAGGCCCGGCUUGGCGGUGGCCGUCAAGCACAUCCGGCGGAAGGACCUGCCGCCGUACGUGAUGCAGAAGAUUCGUAGCCCGAAUAGCGAUGCGCUCAAGAGGAAGCGCAGCGACGACGGAUCCUCCUCUUCGUCGCCAUUGUCGUCUUCGUCCUCCCCCUCCUCUGGUGAGGACGACUCCGGCCGAAGAUCGAGCAGACGUGCGAAGCUCGGAAGCUGCAUCCAGCAUAGUAAUUCUCUUCACGGCAGUGGCUUUAGUUCUCCAGUAGAGGGCGUCGUCUGA